AUGCUUCCCGUAAUCCCUGGAGAUCCAUACUACCCCGAGCUCCCUGUGGCAUACAACCCUAUCCCACCAAUCGAAGAGACACCAAUGCAACAAGAUGAGAGCGAGAUCGAAGAAGAUCCUAAGGAAGACAUGGAAAAAGACCCCGAGGAAGAGCUCGAGGAAGAUAUGGAUGUGAAAGAUAAUGACGAAGUGAUCAUGAUAAUUGAAUCAGAAUCAUCUGUCACACCUCCAUCCACCCAAAUUCACUCUUUCACUACAACUCCAAGGCGAUGUCCCAAGGAAACUGCCAGGAUGUCAAUCCAGAUCGAAGACCCACAACGCUGA